CCGCGACGGCGUCGGCGGGGGUGGCGUAGGGCCUGCGUCAGCUGCAGCCCGCCGGCGAUUGGGGCGCGCUCCCCUCCUUCGGUUUGGGGCUAAUUAUAAAGUGGCUGCAGCCGCCGCCAGCCCGGGGACGGCGAGGGGAGGCGAGGCAGGCGCUCCGACACCUGCAGUCCAGCCCGCGGCCCCGAGGCGACACUGACCACCGCGACGUGUCGUGGCUGGGACUCCGCUUCUCCGACCAAGCUGCGCCAUCUGAACAGCGUCAACCCCAUGGCGCGGUUCCUGACCCUCUGCACCUGGCUGCUUGCGCUCAGCCCCGCGCUCCUGGCGACCGUGCGGGCGGAAUGCAGCCAGGAUUGCGCCACGUGCAGCUACCUCCUGGCGCGCUCCACCGACAUCGACCCGCUGGCUUGCACCCUGGAGUGUGAAGGGAAGCUGCCUUCUCUCAAAACCUGGGACGCCUGCAAGGAGCUGCUGCAGCUGUCCACGCUGGAGCUCCCUCCAGAGGGCACCAGCGCCCUCAGAGAAAGCAGCCGGCCCGAGGAGAGCCAUGUGCUGGCCAAGAAGUACGGGGGCUUCAUGAAAAGGUAUGGAGGCUUCAUGAAGAAAACCGAUGAGCUUUCUCCUCUGGAGCCAGAAGAGGAGGCCGAGGGAGGUGAGACCCUUGCCAAAAGGUAUGGAGGCUUCAUGAAGAAGGAUGCAGGCGAGGGUGGCACUCUGGGCAAUUCCUUAGACCCCCUGAAAGAGCUGCUGGGCACAGGGGACAACCGAGAGGGCAGCCCCCACCAAGAGGCCGGGGAUGAAGAAGUGAGCAAGAGAUAUGGGGGCUUCAUGAGAGGCCUGAAGAGGAGCCCCCAGCUGGAAGACGAAGCCAGGGAGCUGCAGAAGCGCUACGGGGGCUUCAUGAGAAGAGUGGGCCGCCCGGAGUGGUGGAUGGACUACCAGAAGAGGUACGGGGGCUUCCUGAAGCGCUUCGCCGAUUCUCUGCCCUCCAACGAAGAAGGUGAAAGUUACUCCAACGAAGUUCCUGAAAUGGAGAAACGAUAUGGAGGAUUUAUGAGGUUUUAAUGCCCUUUCCCAUCAGCGACCCCGGGGCCCCAGCAAGCCUUCCUCCAUCCCCCAGUGAGAGACUGCCUCGCUAAUCGUGUUCUGUUGCCAUGUGUUGCCUGCAUUAUAUAGCUGACUUGAUUGUCUGAAUACCUACACGACCUGAAAGCUCUCUUUUCAGGUUCUGUGAUCUUUUGAGAGUCUGUAAGCUCAGUAUUGGUCUGUGGCAGCUGUCUUGUUUCUGUGCUAAAAUAGUUUUUUGUCACCUUGUCCAUUAUUUUUGACAACACGCCAAUAAAUGCUUACUUGUUUAUGCAUCUAAUAAACCCAUUACCCUGAAUGCAUAACACACUUGCAAGUCUCUUCUUCUC